AACUGACAGUCAUAACCGUUUGUGGCGCCUUCGCAAUACCGAUAUUUCUAAUCCAGGAUAUGGUGACAGGUGGUAGUGUACCAACCGUGUCAUUGCGAUCUAUCCUUGAGAAGGAUAAGCUGACUGGGACGAACUUCUUGAACUGGUAUCGGACCUGUAGAAUUGUUCUCUGGAACGAGAAAAAGAUGUACAUCCUAGAAGGGGCUCUUCCUACUGAGCACCCGACCAAUGCCGCGAGAGCCGUUCGUGAUGCUUGGUUGAAGCAUCAGAACGACGACCUGGAGGUCUCUUGCCUCAUGCUCGGGACAAUAUCUCCUGAACUGCAGCGACAGUUUGAGGGCGUCAACGCCUUUGGUCUACUCGAGCAGUUGAAGAUUAUGUUCCAAGAGCAUGCGCGUGUUGAGAAAUACAACACGUUGAAGAACCUGCUUGCAUGUCGUAUGACGACAGGGCAAUCGGUUAGCGCCCAUGUUCUUAAGAUGAAGGGUCAUCUUGAAGAACUUGAGCGAGCAUUUAUGAGGUAG